UCACCUUCCAAAGACACAGUUUGUUACCUUUACGAAAAAUCACUGAGUGUGUUACUGUGCACAGAUUUUCACUUGAGACUGGAUGGUUAUGACUUUGAAGAAUAAACUAAGGUUUGCCUUUUCUAAAAAUCAUGGCACCAGAAAAACUACACUCCUCACCAUAUUAUGUAUAUGGUGGGUGCUUACCUGGACUGGUGCCCAAGCGACAAAAGAACACCAGAAUCCUGAGACAUCUAAAAUGGAGAAAAUGAGGAUGAAUGAUGAUUUCAGGCAAAACACAAAUGCAACGUAUGAAACCAAUAAAGAAACUUCCCAACAAUCUGCAGCUAUACACAUUGAAAAUGCCACAGGAGCUAGAGCUACCUCUCAUACUAAUAGUGAUACAAAACCAAUUAGAGCAUUAUCCAGUACUGGUACAGCAGUACCUCCCAGGAGAGUCUCGAUCAAAAAUUCAACAGAAAAAACAAGCUAUACUACAACACUGGCUCCUAGACCUAUUGGAAAUUUACCAGUGAUGACUACUCACUCAACACCUGAUUCAAAUACAGCUACCGUAAAGCUGGUGUUCGACCGCUCAUUUCCUGUUCCCAGUGAGUGUAUGGUCUUGAAUGCUAUCCGAACUCUGCUGAUCUCUCGAUCUGCAAACAUCUCAGAUACAGUAAAAGUACUGGGCUUCUACUAUAAUAAAACCUCAGCCAACUCCUAUGAAGUUAAUUUCAUAAUCAACAUUAGUAUCAUCAUGCCAGAGAACCAUGCCCUCAGGAAAAACACCUACAAGCAAAUCCAAACAUCCAUCAACAACACACUAAACAUAUUAUUAAAUGAACCUGGCGCAGAACCAUUUGAACCCCAUACCUCCUACAUCAUGGGUGUGGACAUUGAAAUAGAGUACAAUUUUGGAUGUGGGGAUUGCAAACGACCAAUCAGCUUCCUAAAUUUACUCGGUGCUUUAGCAACAACUCCAAGAACGACAACAGUUCCUCCAACAACUUCAAGGCAUGACAACAUAACUGGAACUGUAUACAUUUAUAUUAAGGUUAUAUUUGAGAACUUGACACAUGUACCUACCGAGGGUGAUGUUAUCAGUGCUGCUAAUGAUCUCCUGGAAUCAAACAAAUCAGUGAGAGAUCUUGGAAUAGAAGAACUGACUGACCCUGUCAGCAUAAAGAACAUCACCUAUCAGAAAACAGGAAGCAACUCAUAUAGCAUAGACUUUGCAUUCAAAAUCAGCAAUGUGAGCAUGUCUGUGAUGACGGACCAGAGGAGCGCAACAUAUGAGUUAAUACAGUACAAAAUCAACAGCCUGAUGAACACAAUCUUGAAUGCCCCAACUGAGGCAUCAAUUAACUUCUCACAAGCAAAUUACACGGGUAAUGCUACAUUAAUAGAGGCAACUGAAAUAUACAUCUAUAGGGAGUGUGAUAUCAAGUCAACAAGUGAGUUUCUUCUUCAACUCCUAACACUUCAUACACCUCCUGCCAUUGGAUCAGCUGAGGUUCAAACCACCCUGGUGUUCAACUCGUCCUCUCCUGUUCCCAGUGAGAGUUUGGUCCUCGGUGCUAUCGCAGCUCUGCUUAACUCUCGACUCACAAACCUCACUGACUCUGUAACAGUGCUGAACUUCACCUAUGAGAAAAUAUCAGAAACAUCCUAUGCAAUCAUUUUCAUAUUCAAGAUCAGUAACAUCAGCAUUCCCAAGAACCCUAACCUCAGGAACGAAACCCACAGCCAUGUAAAGAGCAUCAUCAAUGACGCUCUAAACAUGCUACUAAAUAGGCCUUGUGCAGUGCGAUUUGAAAGCAACAAUUUCAACUUCACAAGAUCAGAAGAUAAGAUUUAUGGAUACAUUAACUACACUUUCCAACAAUCAGAAACCAAAAAACCAGCCAGCUUCCUCGAUGAACUCAAGAUUAUACCUGGUUUGGUUGUGGUCAAUGCCACCCUGGUGUUCAACUCGUCCUCUCCUAUUACCUGUGAGAGUUUUUACCACAGUGCUCUCGAAGCUCUGCUGAACUCUAGACACACAAACCUUACUGAGUCUGUAAGACUGCUGACCUGUGAGGAAAUUUCAAACACGUCCUACACAGUUAGCAUUAAAUUCAUCAGUAACAUCAGCAUGCCGAGCAACCCUGACCUCAGGAACGACACCUACACACAAGUGGAGAACAUCAUCAAUAACACUGUAAACACACUUCUAAACAAUCCUGGUUCAGAUCCAUGCAAUCCCACUACCUCCAACUUCACGAGUUCAGAGAAUAAAGUUACUGGUUACAUGGAAUACAAUCUCAAAGUCUCCCUCAAUCAGACUGGGAAAGCUACAGUGCCGACUUCUCCAGAACCUCCAUCCACAAUCAACGGAUCAGCUGUGGUUCAAACCAGGCUGGUGUUCAACUCGUCCUCUCGUGGUUGCACUCAGAGUGUCAUUCCCAAGUUUAUCGCAUGGCUGAUUGAGUCUGAACUCAAUAAACAGAGUCAGAGUGUCGUUCUCCAUGUUCUCGAAGCUCUGCUGAACUCUACACUCUCAAACCUCACUGAGCCUGUAAAAGUGUUGAAUUACACCAUUGAGGAAAUUUCAAACACCUCCUACGCAGUUAACAUUACAUUCAGCAUCAGUAACAUCAGCAUGCCGAACAACCCUGACCUCAGGAACGAUACCAACACCCAAGUGGAGAACAUCAUCAAUAACGCUGUAAAUACACUUCUAUAUAAAUCUGGUUCAGAUCCAUUAAAACCCACUAACUCCAACUUCACGAGUUCAGAGAAUGAAGUUACUGGUUACAUGGAAUACAACCUCCAAACCUCCCUCAAUCAGACUGGGAAUGCUACAGUGCCGACUUCUCCAGAACCUUCAUCCACAAUCAACGGAUCAGCUGUGGUUCAAACCAGGCUGGUGUUCAACUCGUCCUCUCCUGUUUGCACUCAGAGUGUCAUUCCCAAGUUUAUCGCAUGGCUGAUUGAGUCUGAACUCAAUAACCAAAGUCAGAGUGUCGUUCGCCAUGUUCUCGAAGAUCUGGUGAACUCUAAACUCAAAAACCUCACUGAGCCUAUAAAAGUGUUGAAUUACACUGUUGAGGAAAUUUCAAACGGCUCAUACGCAGUUAACAUUACAUUCAGCAUUAGUAACAUCAGCAUGCCGAGCAACCCUGACCUCAGGAACGACACCUUCACCCAUGUGGAGAACAUCAUCAAUAACACUGUAAACACACUUCUAUAUAAACCUGGUUCAGAUCCAUUAAAUCCAGCAACCUCCAACUUCAGGAGUUCAGAGAAUGAAGUUACUGGUUACAUGGAAUACAAUCUCAAAGUCUCCCUCAAUCAGACUGGGAAUGCUACAGUGCCGACUUCUUCAGAACCUCCAUCCACAAUCAACGGAUCAGCUGUGGUUCAAACCAGGCUGGUGUUCAACUCGUCCUCUCCUGUUCUCAAUGAGAGUGUCCUCCCCAAAAUUAUGGCAUUAUUGAUUGACUCUAAACGCCAAAACAUUGAUGAGAGUGUCGUCCUUGGUGUUCUCCAAGCUCUGCUGAACUCUAUACUUUCAAACCUCACUGAGCGUGUAAAAGUGUUGAAUUACACCAUUGAGGAAAUUGCAAACGGCUCCUACGCAGUUAACAUUACAUUCAGCAUCAGUAACAUCAGCAUGCCGAGCAACCCUGACCUCAGGAACGAUACCUUCACCCAUGUGGAGAACAUCAUCAAUAACACUGUAAACACAAUUCUAAACAAUCCUGGUUCAGAUCCAUUAAAACCCACUACCUCCAACUUCACGAGUUCAGAGAAUGAAGUUACUGGUUACAUGGAAUACAAUCUCAAAGUCUCCCUCAAUCAGACUGGGAAUGAACAAAGCACAAGAACUACCGUGACGACUUCUCCAGAACCUCCAUCCACAAUCAAUGGAUCAGCUGUGGUUCAAACCAGGCUGGUGUUCAACCCGUCCUCUCCUGUUCUCAAUGAGACUGCCGUCCUCAGUGCUCUCCAAGCUCUGCUGAACUCUACACUCUCAAACCUCACUGAGCCUGUAAAAGUGUUGAAUUGCACUGUUGAGGAAAUUUCAAACGGCUCCUACGCAGUUAACAUUACAUUCAGCAUCAGUAACAUCAGCAAGCCGAGCAACCCUGACCUCAGGAACGAUACCUUCACCCAUGUGGAGAACAUCAUCAAUAACACUGUAAACACACUUCUAAACAAUUUUGGUUCAGAUCCAUUAAAACCCACUACCUCCAACUUCACCAACGGAUCAGCUGUGGUUCAAACCAGGCUGGUGUUCAACUCGUCCUCUCCUGUUCUCAAUGAGACUGCCGUCCUCAGUGCUCUCCAAGCUCUGCUGAACUCUACACUUUCAAACCUCACUGAGCCUGAAAAAGUGUUGAAUUACACUGUUGAGGAAAUUUCAAACGGCUCCUACGCAGUUAACAUUACAUUCAGCAUCAGUAACAUCAGCAUGCUGAGCAACCCUGACCUCAGGAACGAUACCUUCACCCAUGUGGAGAAGAUCAUCAAUAACACUGUAAACACACUUCUAAACAAUUUUGGUUCAGAUCCAUUAAAACCCACUACCUCCAACUUCACCAAUGGAUCAGCUGUGGUUCAAACCAGGCUGGUGUUCAACUCGUCCUCUCCUGUUCUCAAUGAGACUGCCGUCCUCAGUGCUCUCCAAGCUCUGCUGAACUCUACACUUUCAAACCUCACUGAGCCUGAAAAAGUGUUGAAUUGCACUGUUGAGGAAAUUUCAAACGGCUCCUACGCAGUUAACAUUACAUUCAGCAUCAGUAACAUCAGCAUGCCGAGCAACCCUGACCUCAGGAACGAUACCUUCACCCAUGUGGAGAACAUCAUCAAUAACACUGUAAACACACUUCUAAACAUUUUUGGUUCAGAUCCAUUAAAACCCACUACCUCCAACUUCACGAGUUCAGAGAAUGAAGUUACUGGUUACAUGGAAUACAUUCUCCAAAACUCUAGGAAAGCAAUGGAUCAGCUGUGGUUCAAACCAGGCUGGUGUUCAACUCGUCCUCUCCUGUUCUCAAUGAGUCUGCCGUCCUCAGUGCUCUCCAAGCUCUGCUGA